UCAACAAGUUCUUUGCAACUUCCGAACACUCUGAGUGCCAACCGUCGACCAGCCGUCCGCCGUUGUAAGCUGAAUCCGCUCCGCCAAGCACCAAAUUGUUCGCACCUUCACAAAUUUAACCCAACAGUAAGUCUUAUGGCUCCUGCAGACUAGCGCGACGACGCGACACGCGAUGCGCGAUACGCGACGAAUCGCGAGAUUAGAAUUUUCUCUCUAUUCACACAGAUGCGAUGAUGUGCAAUAUAUGUUUUUACGCGACCAGCAAAAUACUAAUGAUGAAUAGUAAACAGCGAAAACGAUUUUUACUUUUAUUAUAUCUUUUACAAAAGAAAGAUAAAGAAAUUGAUACGAAUAUGAAGUUAUUUAUAGUUAUUUGGUGGAUUAGAUUAAAAAGAAUUAAUAUAAAUGAACGAAAACGUCGAUGGUGGGUUCGACCUAUCAGUCAAAAACGUAAUGAACAAAGUGAUGGCAAUCAUCUUAUUGAAGAAAUGAGACUUUAUGAUACAGAGGUUCAUUUCCAGUAUACUCGUCUUACUAUUGAAAGUUUUGAUAAUUUAUUACGUAUAGUGGGACCCAAAAUAGAAAAGAUAUCAACACAUUAUCGAGAACCUAUACCGGCACGUAGCAGGUUAUAUUUGACAUUGAGGUUUUUGGCUACUGGAGACAGUAUGUCUUCUAUUGCCUUUGCUUAUCGAAUAGGACACAGUACUGUUUCUAUGAUAAUAUCAGAGGUAUGCGAAAGCUUAUGGGAUAUUCUUCAAAACGAAUUAUUUCAAUCAUCUGAAUGUGGGUGGAAAAAAGUUGCGAAAGAAUUUGAAGAUUAUUGGAACUUUCCGCACUGUAUUGGUGCUUUAGACGGUAAACAUAUAAAUGUUAAGGCUCUACCACAUUCUGGUUCAGUUUUUUAUAACUAUAAAGGGAAUCACAGUAUUAAUUUAAUGGCAGUAGCAUCGGCACGAUACAAAUUUUUAAUGGUAGACAUUGGUGGAGAAGGUCGGCAUAGUGACGGAGGAAUUUUCAAAAAUUCUGUAAUAAAUUACAGAUUGCAACAUAAUCAAUUAUACGUACCUGCUCCAACUCCAAUUAUUACAGAAGGAAAAGCAAUGCCUUACAUGUUGGUUGCAGAUGAAGCUUUUCAACUAAACAAUUUUACAUUAAGACCAUAUCCAGGGAAAACAUUGACUAAUGAGCAAAGGAUUUUUAAUCAUCGAUUGAGUCGAGCACGAAGAGUAGUAGAAAAUACAUUCGGUAUUAUGGUGGCACGAUGGCGUAUUUUUUCAAAAAUAAUUAAUACAUCUUUGAAAACCAGUAAAAGUAUCGUGAAAGCUUGUGUGAUCUUGCAUAAUUAUUGUAUGGACAAAGUUGGAUAUUGUAGUAAAGGUUUUGCUGAUGAAUUUCAUUAUAAUGGACAACUUAUCCCUGGUGAAUGGAGAACUAUGAUACAAAAUUCUGGUAUAGCAUCAUUACGAAAUGAUAGCAGUAAUACUCAUUCCCGUUUUGCAGCUGCUAUAAGGGAAGAUUUUAAAAAUUACUUUUUAGAUGAAGGAGCAGUUCUGUGGCAAUGGAACUUAGUGGGUGACACUCUUUUGGACACAGCACGAUUGGACACCAACCAAUCAUCUUGACUUAUCUAACUAAAUCAACGGAAAAACUCUAGGCAUCGGCCGCUGUGAGUGGUUAGGUCCAAUCGUGCGGUGUCCAAUCGUGCGCACCCCGAACUUAGUCCACGGAUGGUAGUCCACGGAGUGUAAAUAUACUUUGAAAUAAGUUAGAUUACGUUUUAUAUCAAAUGUAUGUAAAUGUGUGUAUAAAAAAUAUAAUAUAAUUUAGUAA